GGACGGGUCUCGGCAUCACACCACCCAACCGGCACCAGCAGCAGACCACCUCCACCCGACCCCGGCACUAGCAGACCACCUCCACCCAACCCCGGCACCACCAGCGCUCCUCCAGCAUGGCAGACGAGACCCAGUCCACCGGUACAGUCCCACGGUUCUGCUGCGACCCGGCCCGGUACCCCCCGAGCUGCGGCGUUCUCUACAGUCAGCACUUCGGCCUCCCCCCCCUGCUGGACCCCCGGGACCUGGGCUGGGUGGAGAACCUGUUCCGGAAGCUGGGCAGCUCCUCCUGGCCCGGUUACUCCCGGACCUCCCGGACCUUCAGCAGCCGGACCGUCCACCGGGAGCUCAGCGAGGGUCUGUCCGAGAUCUACAUCCAGGAGACCAAGUGGACCAUCAGUCUGGAUGUCAACCACUUCGCCCCCACCGACAUCACCGUCCGGACCCACUCCGGCUUCCUCCUGGUGGAAGGUAAACACGAGGAGAGGCAGGAUGAGCACGGCUACAUCUCCAGAAGUUUCGUAAGGAAAUAUAAACUUCCAGUGGGAAUAAUCAUAGAGUCGAUACAGUCCUGCAUCUCUGGAGACGGGAUUCUGACUGUCGAAGCCCAAAUUACCAGCUUUCCCCCACCGGCCGACAUCACCGUAUCAGUUCAGGUGGACACAACAACUGUAGAAGAUACACUGGAAGAUGGACUCCAGAGGGAGGGGCUUGUUGAUGGGGGCGUGGCCUCAGUGACUGACAGCGGUGCUGCCCAACCCCUGAUCCCUCCUCGACCUGAUGGGAAGCCUGAGGAUGAGUCUGUGGACCAGCGGACUCAAUACGAUGAAAAGCUUCGUCCUUCAGGUCUGAGUGCUGAGGGAGAACAGGAACCGGUACCGGUCCAGACCACCGAGGACCAGCAUGUAGAUCUCAGUGAAGAACAGAGGGUUCUGAUCCAGAAGAAGGAGGAUGAGCUGAAAACUGAGGAGGAUUUAAUCUCAGAACAGAAAGUGGAGGAAGCUGGAGAAGCUGCUCAGGAAGUGCAGGAACCAUCAGCACACCGACCCGGCGCUACCCAGGUUCUAGACGCUGCAACGACCCAGCAGGAGGACCUGACCGGGGCAGUACCAGAGGGAGAGACCCAGAAACCUGAGGCUGAUGGGCAGGUCCAGCUCGGUGAAGCUGAUGGGCAGGUCCAGCUCGGCGAGGGACAGGUCCAGAAACCUGAGGCAGAUGGGCAGGUCCAGCUUGGAGAGGCUGAUGGACAGGCCCAGCUCGGUGAUGGACAGGUCCAGCUCGGUGAUGGACAGGUCCAGCUCGGUGAUGGACAGGUCCAGCUCGGUGAUGGACAGGUCCAGCUCGGUGAUGGACAGGUCCAGCUCGGUGAUGGACAGGUCCAGCUUGGUGAUGGGCAGGUGCAGUUCCAUGAUGGGCAGGUCCAGCUCGGUGAAGCUGAUGGGCAGGUCCAGGAACCUGAGGCUGAUGGACAGGUUCAGCUCGGUGAAGCUGAGCAUGAGCGGGUCGGAACCGAACAGACCCUGGAGGAGAUCCAGGCUCAUCUGGAGCUCCAGCAGCAGCUGAUGAUGGAGGAGAAUCUGAGGACCAAACUAGCAGAGAAGUAGGUGGAGCUCCAUCCCAAAACUAAGUGAAGACAAUCCCCUGCUGCCCAUCAGAUCAUCUGAUCUUCUGUUCAUCUGAUUAUCUGAUAAACUGCUGUAACCUGCAACCCUGAAACACUAAUAAAGCUCUAGAACAUCAAA